AUGACUAAUUAUCAUUCUAUUGGAGACGUUGAAAGUGGUCGUCGGGCCGAUUUUAUUAAACCAUGGUUUCGCUCUUUAUUGAAAGCUCUUACUUUAAUAGUAUGUAUUGGACUUUUAUUUGGUUUUAUCUUUGUUUCGUUUCCUGUGAAUAAAGUCAUUGAUGAUAUAAUUGAUAACGAUUCUGGUCUUAUUGUCGCUAAACAUGUUUUGAAAGAGGGCGGAUCUGCUGUUGAUGCUGUGAUUGCAACUCAAAUAUGUGUUGGAACAAUCAAUGCAUUUUCUGCUGGAAUUGGAGGUGGUGGCUUAAUGAUGAUCCGUUUACCUAAUGGAACUGCUGAAUUUAUUGAUUGCCGUGAAAUUGCUCCAAAAUCUUCUAGACCUGAUAUGUAUAAAAAGAAUCAUACUUGGUCUGCGAUCGAAAUCAAUGCUCAGGGUGGAAACAUAACUUUUGAAGAUUUUGUUGAUUAUCGACCUAUAGUUCGUGAACCCGUAAUUGGAUAUUAUCAUGGACGAAAAAUAAUAGCACCACCAGAACCUACAAGUGGACCUGCAUUAAUAUUCAUGUUGAACUUGUUGGAAGGAUAUAACAUGUCUCAAAAUGGACUUAAUGGCAUUAAUCUCCAAAGAAUUGUUGAAACGAUAAAAUUUGGUUUUGCCCGCCGUACUGAAAUGGCUGAUCCCGCAUUUUUCGAAAAUCAAAAAGAACACAAUGAUCGUGUAAAAGAAAUUAUGUCUAAAGAAUUUGCCGCACGUGUACGGCAUAAUGUUUCAGAGACUCGCACAUAUAAUCCAAACUAUUAUGAUCCAAUUUUUGAUUUUGGCGAAGAUCAUGGAACAACUCACAUGUCUUCUAUUGAUGUUAAUAAUAUGGCAGUGUCCUUUACUUCUACGGUCAAUCAAAUUUGGGGAGCACGUGUUUUAGAUAGUAACACAGGUAUAAUUCUUAAUAAUGAAAUGAAUGAUUUUGCAGUUCCCGGUGAACCAAAUAUUUUUGGAUUAUGGCCUUCGCCAUACAAUUUUGUUGUGUCGGAUUUAGGUUUAUCCAUAAUUCAGCCGUUUGGAACACAACCAUAUACUAAUUUAACACCUGGAAAGAGGCCUCUGUCAUCAACAGUUCCAUCAAUAGUUGAAAAUGAAGAUGGAGAAUUGGAAUUGGUACUUGGUGGUAGUGGUGGUACAAGAAUUCUUACUGCCGUCUUGCAGGUGUUGACAAAUGUAUAUGAUUUUGAUAUGGACGUUUUAUCUGCUGUUAAUUCACCCAGAGUUCACCAACAACUAUUACCAAAUGUGUUGGAAAUGGAAUCUGGGUUCGAUUAUGAAUUGAUUAAUGAUUUGCUGAAUAUUGGUCAUGUCAUACAAUUACAUAAUGUUUAUGAUAGAAGAUAUUCAUGUCAAGUUCAAAUAGUUCGAAAAUUUAAAAAUGGAACUAUUCAUGCUGCAAGUGAUUAUAGGAAAAAUGGAUUAGCAGCUGGAUAUUAA